AUGCCUCAAAAAGAGUCUGAGCAGCCCCGGCGAGCGCCAUUUAACUUCUCUCGAUUGAGAAGGGUCAAGGCGGUCGAAGCUGCUCGCCCCAUAGCGGCACAACCGGUGCGAACUGCCGCGCCUUCCCAGCGCCAUCCUGAGGAAGAAAUGACCAGGUCAGAACAGGUUGCUCAGCCAUCGCCUGGUCGCCCGAGGCAGAAGACAAUGGCUCAGCGGUCGAAGAAGAGGAAGCAGAUUCAGGACACUGGAAGGAGGUCGGGCAAGGAACUUGCGGAUGAGGCGGUUGCUGCCGACAAGGCGAAGGACACACCAGUGCUGGAGACGCUGGGGAACCUGCCCGAAUACCUGCAGCCGAUAGCCUACUCUCUACUUGAGUGUGGAUUAUCGGAUUCAUACGAUGAGUUCACCGAUACGGGUGAUGUUGACCUGAUGACCAUGUCGGUUCAGCAUCUAAGCAAGGCUCUGCUCGCCAUGAGAAUGUCCCUGGAAAAGGCUCGGCUGGGAGCUGCGAAAGGGGAAAAUGAUCUGAAAGAGGAGAUCGCGAAGCUCAAACAGAGCUUGGAGGACGUCGAAGUGGAAAGAGCGUUGUCCACUGAGGCAGCGAAUAGAUACUUGAAACAAAAGACGGCCGCUAUGCGCACAGUGGACUUUCAAAAGAUGGAGCCUGAGCGACGCGCGGAGGAAGUAAAAGAGCUUCAGAGGACAACCGCUAGACUCUCCAAGGAGGUCGGAGAGAAAGACCAGGAGCUCCAGACGACCUUAAUGUGGGCUCAGCGAGUAGAACAAGAAAUGGAGGCCUCCGAAAAGAAAAGGCUAGCUUUGAGGCCGAGCUCUAGGAGAGUCGGGGAAAGGUUGCUUCCCUGA